AUGUCUUGCUCUUCAAAUUCAUUCCGAGCAUACAGAAAUUUAUUACAAUUUCAACCCAUUCUUGGCUACCGACCAAAUGGUCGUCAAUUUUCUCAAACAAUUUUUUUACCGAGUAGAUUUUCAAAUUUAAUUAACAAAAUUCAAGAGUCAUAUCCAAUUGAUGAUAUAACACCCAAAGAACUUCAUUCAUUGCUUAAUCCUGAAUCCCCAUCAAAAAAGAGUCCAAUAAUUAUUGAUGUACGAGAGAAAGAUGAACAAGAAAGAGGUAUUAUACCAACUGCCAUACCUUUACCUCGGGGAAUUUUGGAAAGAGAUGUUGAAAGAAAAGUUGUUAGCGUGGAUGAAAUUAAUUCGGCAGAGAAUGGAAGAAAUUUAGUUGUUUAUUGUGCUGGAGCAGAAAGUUUGAUAAGAUUAGGAUACAAGAAAGAAAAUGUUAAAAACUUAAAAGGCGGAUAUGAUAAUUGGAAAGAAGAUGGAUUUGAAGUGGAAGAUUAUGAGACUAGAAAACGUGGUUGA